GCCAGGCCCUAUCCUUAUCCUGGGUCUCAGGACCCCACUCUGAUAAGUCUUCUUUAAAGUAGAGAUGGUGGUAUUUACAGGGCAAUUGUGAGGGGUAAAUAAGGCAAAAGUCUUCUUGGGCUGUAACCUGUUUCUGGCCCAUUCCCUGCCGAUUUCCCAGCCUUUAGCACAGUGCUGGGCAAAUGCACCAGGAUCCCAGUGCCAUUAAAUUGGGGAUAAAAGGGUACCUGACUGCAGCAAACCAUGCAGUGAGCCAUGCCCCGCCCGGGACACCCCCGCCCAUCAUCUGGGCCUCCGCGCUUGGGACCCUGUGAGCAGCCGACAGAGCUAUGCCUGGAGGCCUAUGAUGAGUCACCCCAGCGCCCACCGAGCCGCCGCACCCGCAGGCCAGACCCCAAGGACCCUGGUCGUCAUGGGCCUGAGAGCCUCACCUUCAUCUCUGGCUCUGCUGAGGAGGCCACUGAGCCCCCUGCCUGCUGCCUGCUCUGGCGACCCUGGGUGUGGGACUGGUGUCGGGCCGCCUUCUGCUUCCGCCGCUGCCGGGAUUGCCUCCAGCGCUGUGGAGCCUGUGUGCGGGGCUGCAGCCCCUGCUUGUCCACCAGGGACUCCACUGAAGGGGCUGUUGAAGCCAGCUGGGCCAAGGAGCACAACGGGAUGCCCCCCAGCCCUGACCGUGCACCCCCUAGGCGGCGGGACGGCCAGGGGCUCAAGUCAACCAUGGGCAGCAGCUUCAGCUACCCUGACGUCAAGCUCAAAGGCAUUCCUGUCUAUCCCUACCGCAGCGCCACCUCCCCGGCCCCUGACGCAGACUCCUGCUGCAAGGAGCCCCUGGCCGAGCCCCCACCCACCCGGCACAGCCUGCCUAGCACCCUUGCCAGCAGUCCCCGGGGCUCUGAGGAGUACUACUCCUUCCAUGAGUCGGACCUGGAUCUGCCUGAGAUGGGCAGUGGCUCCAUGUCGAGCCGAGAGAUCGACGUGCUCAUCUUCAAGAAGCUGACUGAGCUGUUCAGUGUGCACCAGAUCGAUGAGCUGGCCAAGUGCACUUCAGACACUGUGUUCCUGGAGAAGACCAGUAAGAUCUCGGACCUCAUCAGCAGCAUCACGCAGGACUACCACCUGGAUGAGCAGGACGCCGAGGGCCGCCUGGUACGCGGCAUCAUUCGCAUCAGUACCCGCAAGAGCCGCACCCGCCCACAGCCCACCGAGGGGCGCUCCACGCGGGCUGCUGCCCCUGCUGCUGCCGCUCCUGACAGUGGCCAUGAGACCAUGGUGGGCUCAGGCCUCAGCCAGGAUGAACUGACAGUGCAGAUCUCCCAGGAGACGACAGCAGAUGCCAUCGCCAGGAAGCUGAGGCCUUAUGGAGCCCCAGGGCACCCAGCCAGCCAUGACUCGUCCUUCCAGGGCACGGACACAGACUCAUCAGGGGCACCCCUGCUCCGGGUGUACUGCUAACCCCACCGGGCCCAGCGGCUGCAGCCCCUUCUGGGAGAAGCACAGCCUACAGAAUGAAAAGGGGUACAGGACCCCCUUUGCAGGAGGCCAGGCUGUGAGCCCAGGCACAGCGCCCACUCUGGCUCCUCCUGCCCUGGCUGACUGGUUCCAGGACCACGUGCAUUUCACUGGGCCAUGUGUCCACAUCCUCCCUGCACCCCCAGCUGGCCUGACCCCUGCCUGGACCUGUUCCUUCCUGCCCAUGGCCUUCAGGCAGCCUGGGUCAUGGAAAGCAAUGGCUUUAAGAGUUACCUUCUCUGGGAUUGAAUCCCAACUCCACACCCAUACCGUGUGCAAAUCUGAUAGCUAAAAGAAGCUUGUCUUAAAUGGACUGGGUUGGGAGGUGGGCAGGGCCUCUAUUGAAUCCUGUGGGCAGUGCCCACUCCAUGUUAUGCGUUGACCUGUUGAGCAGUUGAUCUGGUUCUCAGCUGAUGUUCUACAUGCUUACGUGACCACAGUUGUGAAUACAAAAGUAACAGUUGUCUA